AAAAGAGUGUGUGCAGCAGCGGGUUGUUGCGGCUGAUUAUCUGCAGUUUCUGUCUUUGACCUGAAUUCCGCCUGAAGUUUCACCCUGACAGAGACCUUGAGGACGACAUCAGCGUGGGAGCGUGCUCAGAACUGGCUGGAGGCGGAGUCAGAGUGACAGCAUCGGGGGUGGGACUCCCCUCAGACCAGAGAUGAAGUUGCUGCUGACAUCCUGCUCCAACCUCAGUUACUGCAUGAAGAUCUGGUGUGUUCUCGUGUUGUUAAGCCCUCCUCCACCAGCUCUUGGGGGUGACCAGACAGAGCAGUGCGGUGGGCGGGACUGCACCAACCGUCGAUGUUUUGCAGCCAAGGGAGCAAGGGGUACUCCAGGUCCCCUGGGUCCACAAGGCCCUCUGGGGCCGCCAGGCUUCCCAGGUCCUGUGGGACCUCCAGGACAGAAAGGGCAGAGAGGGGACGAGGGCCCAGCAGGAACUCCUGGACUUUUAGGAAGUGUUGGAUCGAUUGGUGUUCCUGGUUUUCCGGGUUUAGAUGGAGUCCCGGGUCACCCGGGACCUGCUGGUGGUCCUGGUCUUCCAGGUCUGGAUGGAUGUAAUGGAACCCGAGGACACCCGGGAAAUCCCGGGCUUCAAGGAGAGCAAGGACCCAAAGGAGAACCGGGAGUCCGAGGACCGAAGGGUUAUCCAGGAGAUCCUGCGGUCUUUUUCAUACAGUACCCUGGAGCACCAGGGGAUGCCGGGCCCAGUGGACUUCCAGGUCUGCAGGGUGCACAGGGACCUCCAGGUACAAAUGGAGCUCUUGGUCCUCAAGGAGCAGAUGGAAUAAACGGCCUUCCUGGUCGACCUGGUUUAAGAGGCCCACCAGGAGAAAAAGGACGAUCUCUCCCAGGCCAGAAAGGAGAUGAGGGAGAUCAGGGCCUCCAAGGACCUCCGGGGCCCUUUGAGUAUGUCGACCCUCCAGAGGACCUCUACAUCAAAGGAGAAAAGGGUUUACCAGGCAUUAAAGGGGCCUGUGGCUUUCAGGGACUGCUGGGCCUCGAUGCUCUUCCUGGGAUCAAAGGAGAGAAGGGGAUUGUGGGUUUUCCUGGACACAGGGGUGAAUCUGGUGUCCCUGGUCCACCUGGAAAGAAAGGUGACAAAGGGAUACAAGGAAGCCCGGGCCUCCCAGGUCUGAUAGGACGUGAAGGUUUUCAGGGCAUGAUGGGAGAUCAGGGCCCCAAAGGCCUCCCUCGGAGCUCUGAAAUUGUUUACACAGGUGAGGUCGGAGACCCUGGGUUCCCUGGAGAAAGAGGCUCUCCGGGAAUCUCCGGGUUGAUGGGAAUGCGUGGCCCACAAGGAUUCCCAGGCCGAUCAAUACCAGGACCAGCAGGUGCCGUUGGUCAGACUGGAUCUCCAGGUGUCAAAGGCGAUAAAGGCGAUCCAGGUCAGAUGUUCACAGAGGAACUGACACCUGGAGAACCUGGAAAACCAGGACCCCCUGGAGUCAGAGGGCCAAAGGGAGAGCCAGGUUUUCCAGGAACUUAUUGUGGUCCUGGGGACCCAGGACUCCCGGGAAACUCAGGAGAACAGGGGCCCCCAGGGGCAACAGGCUACAGAGGGAUCAAAGGGAACAGUGGCAACUGUUCUUGUGGCCCUCCACUUGAACUGAGAGGCCUUCCUGGUUCUGUGGGUGACAGGGGGGCUCGGGGGUUCCCAGGAGACCCAGGGGCCCCAGGCCAGAGAGGAGAGAGAGGUUUACCUGGAGACAGAGGAGAGAGUGGUGAAACGGGCCUGGUUGGAUUUCAGGGUGUCAGAGGCUUCAAAGGUCGGAAAGGAGACUUUACCAUAGUGGAUUUUAAAGGUGAGAAGGGAAACAGGGGCCAGCCGGGUCCUGAAGGCAGACAAGGAUUCUCGGGGAGAAAUGGAUUUGCUGGGGCUCCAGGGGCCCCUGGAAACCCUGGUCCACAGGGGGAAAGUUUGCCGAGCCUUCCUGGAGACAGGGGCUUCCCAGGACUUUCCGGACCAAAGGGCUUUUUGGGACCUUCGGGUGCUCUAGGACCAGGUGUGAUUGGAGCUGUGGGACAGCGUGGGGUCCCUGGAGAGCCAGGAGUACCAGGAUUUCCUGGCUUUCCGGGGAUGAGGGGACUUAAAGGCGACACUCUUCCCUGUGUUCCUCAAAAUCUCGGUUCUCCCGGGGAGAAGGGAGAUCCUGGGAGUCAAGGUUUUCAAGGUGGCCCAGGUCCUCCAGGCUAUCGAGGCAGCACGGGGUUGGAGGGGGCUAAAGGAGACAAAGGACAGUAUGGAUUACCAGGAAUACCUGGGAGACAAGGACCUCGAGGUUUAACUGGCGAUACAGGAGAUGAAGGGUCUGAGGGCUUCAGCUUUGCUGGAGAACCAGGCUCUCCAGGGCUCCCAGGCCCUCCUGGGCUCCAAGGACCAGCUGGGGAUACUGAGUCAGGACCCCCAGGAGCUGUUGGCCUGCAAGGACGUCUGGGGUCUCCAGGACCUAAAGGAGUUCCCGGUGCACCUGGUCAAGAAGGAGAACCAGGAGUCCUCGGUCUGCCUGGCGGACCUGGACCGAAGGGCCAGAGGGGAGAAGAUGGGGCCCCAGGUGUAACCGGACUCCAAGGACCGGCACCUGAGCAAUGUAAUGCAGGAAAACCUGGUGAAAUGGGCCUGAUGGGCCUUCAGGGGCCAGUUGGGCCACCAGGUUAUUUGGGUGAGAAAGGUGAGACUGGGAUCAGAGGGACUCCAAAUAAUGGCUUUCCAGGCCCUAAGGGCAAACAAGGACCUUUGGGUUUUCCUGGGGACCCUGGGAGUCAGGGCCCCCCUGGACCCAAGGGAGACUCGGGUCAGCCAGGUCCCAUCGGUCAGAAAGGUCUGACUGGGGACCAGGGCCAAGCCGGAGUUCCAGGGUUCCCAGGACAGACGGGGUACACAGGAUUCCCGGGGAAGACUGGAGUGAGGGGCCUCAGCGGACAAGAUGGAGCUCAGGGAUGUGAAGGGCCGAAGGGUCAAAAAGGCUGUAAAGGAGCCACGGGGCCUCCAGGAUUUACCAACUGUCUCCCCAUCAAAGGCCCGGGAGGAACACAAGGAGGUGCUGGAAGCAGUGGGGUCCCCGGACAACAUGGAGAUAAAGGUCUGCCAGGUGCUACAGGUCGGCCUGGGAAUCCAGGCUUCAUUGGACCCCAAGGCAUUAAGGGAUUUCAGGGGCCCCCAGGCCCACGUGGCAAAAAAGGAUCUCCAGGAGCACCUGGGUGUACAGGGCCUCCAGGAUACCGUGGUUUCCCUGGAGAGCCUGGAGACCCGGGUGAAUUUGGUUGUCCAGGGACACCUGGAGAACCUGGUCUACCAGGAUGUGAAGGACCCAAAGGGGACAAAGGAGAGUCUCUUAGUUGUGCAGGUCCACCUGGAGACAAAGGACAUCCUGGACUCACAGGAUUCAAAGGAACAGAUGGGCUGAAGGGAGAACCUGGGCGACAAGGGUUUCCUGGAGCUCCAGGACAGAAAGGAUGCAAAGGACACCCAGGUGUCAAAGGAAAACCUGGUGAAGCAGGUGUGAUCGGUCCCGUAGGUCCCAGAGGUCACCCAGGUGCUCCAGGUCUUCCUGGUAGGGCAGGAGCUGAUGGCCCUCCAGGACCACAGGGCAGCCCUGGACUCCAAGGUCCUCCUGGACCGCUGGGACUUCAUGGACUGGAUGGACUGAAAGGAGUGAAAGGUGACAUGGGAACCAGAGGUCUGGGUAUUAAAGGUCCUCCUGGAUGUAAUGGCCAUCCAGGAUAUAAGGGUCCUCCAGGUCCUCCAGGUGCUUGUGGUCCAUCUCAACCUGGGCCACCAGGACCCAAAGGCCCCCAAGGACCCAAAGGCCCAACAGGUGGUUGUGGACCUCCGGGUCAGCCUGGACCAGACUGUGAAAAUCCAUACCCAGGUCCUUGUGGAGAUCCUGGGUGUGAGGGCCCAGAUGGCGAUCCAGGGUGUGCUGGUGAAAUCGGGGAUCCAGGUCCAAACCCCCCAAUUCCUGGGGAUGCAGGGGACAAUGGUCACCCAGGAUGCCCGGGGACAAAGGGGACAAAGGGAUGUGAUGGGCACCCAGGAUUCCCAGGCAUCCCUGGAAACCCUGGAUGGAAAGGUAUGAGAGGAGACCCAGGUUUAUUGGGAGUACCAGGGUCUAGGGGUCAUCCAGGUGCCCCUGGUCCUAGUGGACCUCCAGGACCAAGGGGAUCUGUUGGACCAGUGGGGCCAAAAGGGGAGAAGGGACGACUCCAUCCCUGUGCCCCAUAUCAACCUGCACCACAGGGCCCCAAAGGAACAGAGGGCCCCCCUGGUCCUGGAGGAGAGCCUGGCCUGACUGGAGAGGCAGGCCGAGACGGCCAGAAAGGUGACAAGGGGAAGGCCGGGUCUGAAGGUGAGAAAGGUUCUACUGGACCCAAAGGUAGAAGAGGAGAUGAAGGAGAUGCAGGCCUACAAGGAGAGAGUGGUUUGGUGGGAAAACCAGGUGUGCCUGGACCCAUGGGUGACCCAGGUCCUCCUGGAUUAAGCACAAAGAUGAACAUGGGAUUCCUGUUAGUGAAGCACAGCCAGUCAACAGAAGUUCCCCGCUGUCCACAAAACACAACACCCUUAUGGGAAGGAUACAGUCUGCUCUAUCUGGAAGGUCAAGAGAGGGCUCACACUCAGGAUCUGGGUCAGGCGGGCUCUUGCGUGCCCAUCUUUUCCACCAUGCCCUUCUCCUCUUGUGACAUUAACGGCUGCUCUUAUGCCAAUCGGAACGAUAAAUCCUAUUGGCUGUCAACGAUGACGGCAGUGCCGAGUUUACCUGUGGACGGUCCGCUAAUUAGAAAUUACAUCAGCCGCUGUGUGGUGUGUGAAGCCCCCUCAUCAGCCGUCGCACUACACAGCCAGGACUCCAUCCCACCAGAGUGCCCCCCCAGCUGGAUCACCCUGUGGGUUGGAUACUCCUUCCUCAUGCAUACAGGUGCAGGUGAUGAGGGCGGAGGCCAAUCUCUGACAUCCUCAGGAAGCUGUCUGACAAACUUCAUGGCUCAGCCCUUCGUGGAGUGUCAGGGCCCUCGAGGAACCUGCCACUUCUUCUCCAAUAUCUACAGUUUCUGGUUGACCAAAAUGACACAGAACUCCUCCGCCUCCUCCUCCUCCUCCAACAGCUCCUCCAUCACAAUGACUGAUGUUAAUCAGCAGAGGAGGAACAUUGCACAGUGCAAAGUCUGCAUGAAGUUAUGAGGAGGACGCUCCUCUUCCUCCUGCAAGAAGGAGUGAUGAGGUGGUGUUUCUGCUCCAGGAAGAGGGGGGUAACACUUCACCUUUUCCUUCGAGGAGUGGGGCAAUCCUUCACUUCCUCCUGGGAAGGGUGGGGGGGACACCUCCUCCUUUAAGGGAGGAAUGAGACGAUCCUUAACUCCUCCUUUAAGGGAGGAGUGAGGCGAUCCUUUACCUCCUCCUUUAAGGGAGGAAUGAGGCAACCCUUACCUCCUCCUUUAAGGGAGGAGUGAGGCAACCCUUACCUCCUCCUUUAAGGGAGGAGUGAGGCAACCCUUACCUCCUCCUUUAAGGGAGGAAUGAGGCAACCCUUACCUCCUCCUUUAAGGGAGGAGUGAGGCGAUCCUUCAACUCCUCCUUUAAAGGAAGGAUGAGGCGAUCCUUCACCUCCUCCUUUAAAGGAAGGAUGAGGCGAUCCUUCACCUCCUCCUGUAAAGGGAGGAAUGAGGCAAUCCUUCACCUCCUCCUUUAAGGGAGAAAUGAGGCAACCCUUAACUCCUCCUUUAAGGGAGGAAUGAGGCGAUCCUUCACCUCCUCCUUUAAAGGAAGGAUGAGGCGAUCCUUCACCUUCUCCUGUAAAGGAAGGAUGAGGCGAUCCUUCACCUCCUCCUUUAAAGGAAGGAUGAGGCGACCCUUCACCUCCUCCUUUAAGGGAGGAAUGAGGCGACCCUUCACUUCCUCCUUUAAAGGAAGGAUGAGGCGACCCUUUACCUCCUUCUUUAAAGGAAGGAUGAGGUGACCCUUCACCUCCUUCUUUUAAGGAGGAAUGAGACGAUCUUUCACCUCCUCCUUUAAGGGAGGAGUGAGGCGAUCCUUCACCUCCUCCUUUUAAGGAGAAAUGAGGUGAUCCUUACGUCGUUUUUUAAGGGAGAAGUAAGGUGACCCUUCACCUCUUAAUUACACAGCUAUGAAACCAACGGAAUGAGGCGACCCUUCACCUCCUCCUUUAAGGGAGGAAUGAGGCGACCCUUAACUCCUCCUUUGAGGGAGGAAUGAGGCGACCCUUCACCUCCUCCUUUAAGGGAGGAAUGAGGCGACCCUUAACUCCUCCUUUAAGGGAGGAAUGAGGCGACCCUUCACCUCCUCCUUUAAGGGAGGAAUGAGGCGACCCUUCACCUCCUCCUUUAAGGGAGGAAUGAGGCGACCCUUCACCUCCUCCUUUGAGGGAGGAAUGAGGCGACCCUUAACUCCUCCUUUAAGGGAGGAAUGAGGCGACCCUUAACUCCUCCUUUAAGGGAGGAAUGAGGCGACCCUCUCCUCCUUUAAGGAAGUGGUUCUCAAAUGAAUGAAAGAGGGCAGAUAUCCUGCUCUUAUUUUAACAGUAAACGUGUUCCUAAUAACACUUUCCUCACGUCUGUGAUGUUAUGAGUGUAAGUUACAUAGUUAGCUUAUAUAUAUAUAUACACACACACACACACCUGGUCCCCUCGCUCUGUGUAUACAAACGGGAGGGCACAGUAGAAAAAGUUUGAGAACCACUGGGUGAAGGGAAGAAUGAGGCAGCCCUUCCCUCCCUCUUUAAUGGAGAAGUGACCCUUCUCCUCCUUCUUUAAGGGAGGAAUCAGGCGACAUUUCACCUCUUCCUGUUCCUGCAGGAGAGGUAAGGGGAAACUCGUCAUCAGGGAGGUGGGGAGGAACAUUUGACCAGCAUGAACUGGUUGGAGCAGAUGGGACUUUUUUUCUGAGGAGAAUCCAUCACGUUGAAGAUGACAGCUGUCAAUCAGUAAAAGCCAACCAAAGCGCCACAGCUGAUGUGUGACCUUCAUUUGCAUCAUGACUCUUUUUUUAUUGAUAGUUUUUAUUUUACUAUUAAAUCGUUGUUGAAAAAAAAUUCUGGGCCGACUGCAUUGUGCCAAGUAUAAAGUUUGGUGGAGGGGGGAUCAUGGUUGGGGUUGUUUUUCAGGAGCUGGGCUCUGAAUGCUUCAGCGUAGCAAGAGAUUUUGGGCAAUUCUAUACUUCCAACUUUGUGGGAACAGUUUGGGAAUGAGAUAGAGUGGAGAGCCAGGCCUUGUCCUCCAGCAUCAGUGUCUGACCUCACAAACGUUCUUAUGGAGAAAUGGUCAAAAUUUCCAAUAAACACUCCUAAACCUGUGGAACGCCUUCCCAGAAAAGUUGAAGCUGUUAUGGCUGCAAAGACUGGGUCAUACUGAACUCAUCUGAUUAAGAAUGGGGUGUCUACUAAGUUUAUACGAGAGUCAAGGCAGGCGAGCCAAUAAUUUUAGCAAUAAAGUGUAUCUGAUGGAGUUUUCUGGGAUCUGUAGGAGUCAGACACUUCUUUGAUCUGCCAGUAGUCCAAGUCAUGCAGGGGUUUGUGUCCCAUAGUGGUUCCACCUCCUCUUCCUUGUCUGGUUUUAGCUGUCCAAAGUAUUUACUUAGCAGGUCAUCACCGCGGUCCAUCUUCCUGAUAAACUCCUGAAUCUUUGUUGUUUAAUCCUGGAUAGUGGCUCUAGCUCUCCUAACCUCUUGCGUCUCUCCUUCCUUGUAGUUUCCAGUCUCAGGAUGCUGGACUUGGAGAGAAACCUUCCAUACAUUGGGAGGAGCUUUCUCGUCUUGAUAGUAGCUUCCAUGUCCUGGGUAUCUAAUGACUGGCAGGUCAGAUCCAUUAGGCUUACUGUUAGAACCUGCAUGAACUGGGCUGUGGCUGCAGCCUCUUCAUGGUUGUCAUCAGUCUGUGGUGUCCCAAAGUAUUUGUAGCUGCUGUGAACACCUGCUGUGCUGCUUUCUGGUAGUUCAGUCCCUUCAGUUGUGAUGAUAUUACAGUUGUAAGAAUUCUUUUGAUCAAAAAGUUUUUUAAGGUGUAAUUUUACUUUGACAUGUUUCGACUGGAACUUCAGUCGUCUUCAGAAACAACUUCCGACGUGUCAUGAUGUGUCUUUAUCAGCUGAUGGUAUCCCGGAGGCGUGAGCAGCCCGGCGGUCUGACAGAUAUUUGUCAGUCUGGUCCUGCCUCCUAUUCAGCUGGUCCCACCUCCUACCCGGCUGGUCCCGCCUCCUACCCGGCUGGUCCCGCCUCCUACCCGUCUGGUCCCGCCUCUUGCCGCCCGAUGGUCUUUGCAGGAGGGAAUCCCAUGUGUGGGACAGCAUGAAUGCCCCUCAUCAUGGCUGGUGGUGUUCUUGGCUCGCCUCCUGGUUUCUAUGGCCUCCUUGAUCCUGCGUUUGAAUACGUUGCUCUCCGAUCUGAUGACUUUAGCGUUGUCUCAGUCCAUGAUCUGGUUUUCCUUUGCAGUGGUCUGGUCGGCUGGUUUUAGGUUCUGCUUUUUUUUUCUGUGAUGCUGUGAGUCGUCCUGUUGUUUGGGUGAGCGAGGAGCUGGCAGAGUUUUAUGUGUGGUGUUGCUGUUGUGUUGUCCUCUGCACGUGUUCACCGGUUCCCUGAUGUACGGUAGGUCUCCAGGUCCUUUCUGCUGUUUUCGUUUUUUUGUUUGGGUUUUGUUCUGUUUCCUUCAUGUUUGUUUUUACUUUUGACUGCUGUGCUUCUUGGAUUUCGGGCCAUGCUGGAUGUUGGCGGUGUGUCAUGCCUGCUCUUCCUCCUCACGUCUCUCCUCCUCCUCGGUGAUGAUACUGGCCCGUUCAUAAAAAGUGUGUGUGUGUUUUCUGUAUACUGUGAUUUUUAUAUUGCAGUUGUCUUUGUGGUGGAUUUUCAUGUCCAGGACGUUUGUGUGGUUCGGUUUGUUUCCUCUUCAUGUGUGAGUUGUUGUGUGGGAACGUUGCUGUCUACGGUAGGUGUAGUGGAGGGUCCUGUUUGUGAAGUUUUGGUGUGCCGUAAAUCCUGGGGAUGGUGGUUGCAGUUGUUAUUAAAUGAUUAUACAUGUCCUGAGUUAUUUUCUCUUGUUCUAGCAGGGGUUUCAGGAGCUUUCAGCUGUCUGUGGGGUGUUUCUUCAGCGUCUCGUGUGUUCUUGUCUCCUAACAAGGUUUCCAUCUGGGUUGUGGAGGUUUCCAUGUCCAUAACCACUGUUGUUCUGCCUUUAUCUGCCAAUAAUGAAGUGAUGGUUUUAUCUGUUUUGAGUGCAUGUUUUGCCUUUUUUUCUUCUCUUAGGACAUUUCUUUGAAGUAAAGUUGCAGUUGUUAAAGUUACUGUGACAGUGUUUGUGUUCUUUCGAGUCUCUCCAGUCGGCGGAAAGCUUUGACUGUCUUGUCCGUAACCUCCUCGUAGCAGCGUCACCAGGUUUAUUUUGUCUAUUCUAACUGUAGUUGUAAGACUUCUUUUGAUCAGAGCUUUUUAAGGUGUAAUUUUACCUUCACAUGUUUCGACUGGAACUUCAGUCGUCUUCAGAAAUACUAUCUGACGUGUCGUGAUGUGUCUUUGUCAGCUGAUAGUAUCCCGGAGACGUGACCAUCCCGGCAAUCUGACAGAUUUUUGUCUGUCUGGUCCCGCCUCCUGCUGCCCGAUGGUAGUUGGAUGGAACUUUUCCCCCAUGGAGGUCCUUCACUCUUUGGCCCUAGAUUAGCCAUUUGUGGCGAGUCCUGUUGGCUGGUUGAUUUGUGCUUUUGGGCAUUCUGGACUGAUGUUAUUUUCUUUAGCCAGUAGGUGUUUACUGUAUCAUUUCAGGGACAGGUGCAGUCCAACUCUUCAUACCUGAGACUCUGGCUUGGACAUCUGCCACUAUGACAGUUACUGGGUCUUGUUCUGGGAGACUGAUAUGGUCAGCUCUCAUAGAGCCCUGGUGUAUGUGAUGGUCCUCCCUCCCACGUACUGUUCUAGUAUUCCUAAGUCUCAGCUGUGAGUUGGUCUAAUCUCAUCCUGCCACUGUAAGGACACUUUGGAUGGUUGGUUGGAGAUCAUCCUAUUUAUCUUUACGGGGAUGAGAAUCUUUUGUCAUUUUCCAGAGUCUCAGGUACGGACCCUUUGUUGUAUUUUCUACAAGAGUCUUACUUGCUGGCGAAUGUCUUCAUGGAAGAUGCGGUCCUAGUGAAAGAUAAAAAUGUGAACGAUAGUAAUAGUGUGAACACCUUCCUGGAAUUCUAAUGAAAAAGACGCGAACCAGAAACAGAUGAGGAGGAUGGUGGACAACCAGCAGGUUGUCUUCUUUCUUCUUGUCCUGUGGCUUUAAACAACAAAAAAUUCACCAUAUAUUUAAACAAGGUUCCUGCUUUGUUCUCAUUACUGAAUCACACAGGAAGAAAUGAUUCUUUCCACCAAUCAGUGAAUUGCAAUGUGUAAAGCUCCACCCUUUAGGGCCAGAAUGGGACCCCAAAGCAAGAAUCACAGAAAAGUCAGGCAUCUAGGAUCAUAAAUUCCUGGACUCUUUCCAGUUUUUACCUCUGGAAACAGAAGAAAAAUGAGCAGCAACCAAGACCGGUUGGUGGAAACGGGUAUCCAUACCUGCAUGCAUAGAUGAUCAAAUUGAUUAUUUUCUAAUAGUGCUCAGAGGUUGACAUUCAGCUUCACUGAUCAAAACCGACCCAGAUGUUUUCAUCAAUGAUUCUGAAAAGCGUGAGUUAAUUGAAGGUGAUGUCACAUCUGGUGACAGCUGAUUGGCUGCUGUGACCUUCUCUCCUCUUUAUAGCGCCUUAGCCCCGCCUCCAGCUCCACCCACAACCCCCAACCAGAACUGCACUGAGAAUCAUUCUGAUUGGUCAGCCUUGUGGCAGUGACUGCGCGUCAUUGGUCAGUCAGUUAUUUGUUAAUAAAUUGGUAAAAGACUUGCGUGAGAAGCUGUGAAUAUUUUUUUGAGGAAAAUCCUUGAAACGUGCUUUUGUUCCAGUUUUUCUUUCAGAUCGAACAUGUCCGGAGCUCCUCCCCCAGCUCACCUGACUUCCUGUUCUUUAUUCAUGUUUCUGAGUUUCACUAAAAACAAAGACUCGAGGUUCAGACGAGUAGCAGCAAUCUGUCCUUAUUCUGUGUCGAGUGACUAACAAGGUGAGCUGCCACCCAGAACCAGGACCAGACCCAGGACCAGGACCAGGCCGGCUGUAGAACUGUUUUCUGUUCCACAUUUAAUCUGUGAAAGUUUGUUGUUUAAGUUCGUUGUUUCUGACUGAAACACCUUUAUUAAUGUUGGGGGGGUCUUCGCUUCAAGUUCAGUUCUUGUUCAUGGUUCAGUUCCUAGUCUGGUUCUGGUUGUGGAUCAUAUCUCUGGUUUGUAAAUAUGUUUGAACUCAGCUGUUUUAUAUUUUUCUGUAAAUGUCAUCAGAGUAUUUAUUUAGCCAGAAUUUAAUCUUGGUGCUAUGUGAUGUUUCUAUUUUCUUUUUUGUUUGUGAAACCCCGCCCACAUCCGCUGUUCAUCUAACCAUUGAUCCGAAAAGCUCCUCAGGUUUCAAAUUAAAUGUAAAAACUCAUCAAAUCAGACUUUCAGUCAUUUUAUCAGUUUUUCCACUAAGAUUACGUCAUGAAGUUUCUGAUGAAAAGUAUUAAAAUCUUACUGCGAUACAAGUUUUGAAGCAUAAACAUCCUGAUAACAAAAACAUGAUGGGGUUACAACUCCCAUGAUGCUUUUAGAUGAGGAAGAGGAGGAGCUGCUGUACCUUCAUUUAGUUUUUGUUGUAUUUAAAUACGUCAAAUAUUUUAGUCACUAUAGAAACAAACUUCCCACUAACACUUGUGAAACAUUUUACUCUAUGGAGGGAUGAUUCUUUAAUAAAAUGCAUCAAACUUUCA